GCGUAAAUAACAAUUAAAAUGAAUAUUUUGGAACAUUAAUAUUGAGAAUUAUCAUUUUAAAUGUUAUGUGUCUUUGUGUUAUUAAUGAUUUACCUUUUUAAUAUGAUUAUAUGUUUGUUUCUAUAUGAAACUUAGAAUCCUACUAUUUUACGAUUUCAAUUUUACGAUUUCCAUUUUAUCAUAGUUUUCUAUUUUAGGUGAAAUCCGGAUUUUGACUGUUUUGCAUGUGAUCAAUCUUGCCAACAUGAGUAUUGUUCAUAACCCCCCUCAUCACACUAGGAGGAUACUCCAUACUUGGAAAAAUUUAUUCUCAACACACCAAAGUAUUACACAUCCAUUAGGAGAGUAUACUGGUCACUCCCCGUCAUCGCAUUAGUGGGCCUCCUCACCAUACUCAACCUUGUCAUCCUCCAUUACAUGCCAUACUCGAAAACUACCCUCUUUCAUCACACUAGGAGGUUACUCUAUCACUAGUCUUCUUUCAUCUUGUCUUCAUCCCCACUUUGUCAGACAAAGGUGGAUACUCUAUACUUAGUGAAAUUCUCCUCAUCUUAUUGCACUAGGGGUGCCCCACCAAAAUUACCCAAAUUUUGUCAUGCAUCGUCCCCUAGAGGGUAUACUGAUGACUCUCUAUCACACUAGGAGGCCUAUUCACCAUACUCCACAUUGUCAUCCUCCAUCACACGCUACACCAUAUUCAAAUACUACCACCUCUCAUCACACGAGGAGGGAUAGUCGACCACCAUCCAUCCCCCACUUUGUCACACUAAUGUAGGGAAAUCACACCAUGAAGGGUGCUUCAAACUUAUUCAAAUGUAUUCAUACUCCAUCCACUGGAGGGUAUACUGAUGACCCCUUCCCCCUCAUCACACUAGGAGGCUAUUCGACCAACCAUGGUGGUACCACACUCUCCAGACUUAGCCCAAUUUGGUCAUACUCCAUCCAAUAGGGAUGGUAUAGUGAUGCCCCUCUCAUCACACUAGAAGCCUUAUCGCCACACCCCUCCACACUUGGCCAAAAAUUUACCAAACUUAUUGCACUAGGAGUAGCUGAUUACCCUCCUAAUUGCUUAUAAGUGUACUCCAAACUUAGCCAAAUAUUCACCAUACUUCAUCCACUAGGGGGUAUACUGAUGUCCCCUCAUUAAAAUAUGAGGCCUCAUCUUCAUACCCCUCCAGACUUAGCCAAAUCUUACUUCAUCUUAUUGCACUUGGGGUUUACUAAUUACCCAUAAUCACACCAAAAGAGGUACUCCAACACUUAGAAAGGUAAUUGUAUUGUUUUAGUUAAUCCCCCAAUUUGGGGCGGAAAAAAAGGGACGGAAAUAUUUAGAUUUUUUCCUUUUUUUCCUUCUUCCCCACUUGGUAUAUUAUACCGUUCAUCUUCUCUCUUUCUAUUCAAUUGUUGUUCUCUUCCAUCUCUCUUCCCCCAUUCAUUGUGAAUGACCUACCCAUCCUACCCAAACAAAUCAUAAACCUAGAUUUAGAAUAUAGGAAUUUUGAUUUCGGUCACUCCGAGUCAUCGCCUUUAAUCAGUCGGCGUAGUCUUCUCAUUCUCAUCUCCGAUUGUUGUAAUAUAUAGAAGUUGGGUCGAUCUACUAUUGUUGUAGCGGUGUUCUGCCUUUCUGAUCGUUUGCCUGCUCGAAUCUCCAUCUUUAUUCAUACUUUGUUGGACUUGUUCUCACUCUUAUUGAAGGUGCAUAUGACAAAAACCCCAAAAUUAUAAAUGAUUGUCACUUACCCAAAUUGCUAAUUCAUUCCUUAUAUUGUCCGAUGAAUGCUUCCUUUCUUAUAAGUCCCUCUUUCUGUUCCUUCCAAUAUUUUUUUCGUUAUCCUUCCAAUAUUUGCUCUCUAAUAUGUUUCUUAUAUAAUUUUGUUCAACUAUCAACUUUUCCUCUAGUAUAAUUAGUAGAUGGGUCAUUAUUAUUUGCCUCCCUUUCAUUUUUCAAGGUUUAACUAAUGCGUUAGGAUAAUUAGUAGUAGAUGGGUUCUCAUUCGUUAGGAUAAUUAGAUAUGGGUUGUCAUUGUAUUCAUUCUUUAGGUUCCUUCCAAUAUUGCACUCUACUGUGUUCCGUAUAUAACUUUGUUCAACUAUAAACUUUUCCAAUUGUGUAAUUAAUAAAUGAUUAAUGAUUAUUUUCCUUCCUAUCAUUUUUUUAGUUCUCAUUUGUUAGUAUAAUUAGAUAUGGGUUGUCAAUGCAUUCAUUUUUUCUACUGUCUUUAUUGCCUUCAUUUUGGAAGGUUAAUGGGUAUCGAAUUUUGGUGUCCUGUUUAGAUGGAUAAUGAAUCGCAUGCCUUGAAUGGAGAUGAUGUCCCUGUUUUUUUACAAUGAGGGUAACAUUGAUGACACAGAAGAUCUCACAUCUUCAAAUAGAAUACUAACAGUCCAAACUUGGCAAACUAUAAUGGAUAAUUGGCAACGAACAAGAAAGACUUGUGUGACUACACUAGUAUGUUACAUUGUUCAUGCACUAUAUUGUUGUAUUUUCUUCAAACUGCUUUUGACAGACCACUAAGUCAGCAUGAAAAUUACUGAGCAAGGAAACGUCAAAAGCUAAUUGAACGCCCUACAAGAUAUAUUUUGCCGUUUGACCUUGAGAAUGGGGUCCAUGCAUUUGCUAGAUUAUGUGAGAUGUUUAGGAAUACUGGGUUGUUGGUCAUCUACAAAUACAUCACUGUAGAGGAGCAAGUAGCAAAGUUUUUGCAAAUUCUUGGAGGCACUAGUGGCAACUACACUACCCUAUGUCUUCAUUACUAUCGGAGAAAUGAAAUAGUUCAUCGUCAUUUUCACAAUUUAUUGCGAGCCAUCUUGAGCCUAGCCCCUUGUCUCAUACAACAAUCGAAAGCCACCACUCAUGUGGGAUCUAAAAUUCAUGAUAAUCCUAGAUUUUAUCCCUGUUUUCAGGUAAAAAGCAUACAUACCCUUUUGAUUCUAUGUAUCAACUUAUUAAGAAUAAAAAUAUUAUAAUGAUAAUGUUAUACUUAUAUUACAAUCAUACAUGAUUGUCUUUGUGCUGUUAAUGGAUCUCAUUUUCGUGUUAAAGUUCAUCGUGAUGACAACCACGAUUUCAUGGUCGGAAGGAGUGGCCUACACAGAAUGUUUGAGCUUGUUGUAACUUUGACUUGCAAUUCACAUGUGUUAGCGGACUGGGAGGGAACUGCAUCUGAUUCAAGAAUCAUAAAAUAUGCAUUUGUUAGGCUUGUUAGACUUGUCAUCUCAGAAUGUAUGUGAUCAUCACACUUUUAGUGUAUUGGGUAAUUUUAUUGGAAAUUUGUUUCUCAAUAAAUCUGAUUUUGUGAUUGUUCUUUGUGCUUAGAAAAAUAUUAUAUCGGUGAUGGUGAUUUUAUGUUGAAGAGUUUGUUGUUCGCUCCAUAUAGGCAUGUUUAUUAUACCUUGAAAGUCUAUACUCGGAAUGGACUAAGAAUGCUAGAGAGUUAUUCAAUAAUCGUCAUGUUGUUCUAAGGAAUGACAUAGAACGAGCAUUUGCAGUUUUGAAGAAAAGGUUUCCAAUUAUAAAGAGUGGUGUUGAACCACAAUUUUCAUUCAGGCAACAACGGAUAUCAUCUUAGCAUGUUGCAUUUUACACAAUUUUUUGAGAGGAUUGGAUCCGUACGAUGAACUACUUGCAGAAUUCGAUAGAGAACUAAAAUAACAAAACACAAAAAAUUAUUGACGAUGUGAUGAGGAUUGUGAAGUGGGAGUAUAAUUACGAAAUAGUAUUGUUGAGCAAAUGUGGAAUGAUUAUAAUAAUCAUUUGAGAUGAAGUAUUGCAUUUUUCAUUGUAUUCUUAGUGUUUCCUUUGUCAACUCUGGAUAUUUAAAUGAAGACUUUUGUACUUUUCAUUUUCACGAAGCUAUGUUGUUUUGUGAAAGUGUGUCAUAAUUACUUUGUGUUAGGUUAUAGUGUUCGUUUAAGCUGUCUUUUCAAAGUUGAUAGCUAAAUAAAAUUAUUUACUUGUCUAAGUUGUCUUAUGUAUUUUCCCUAUAUGUCAUUUACUAAUAUUACUUGACAUUUUAUAGGAAGCACAAUGAGAGGAAAGGAGAAGGUCGUGGGAAAUGCAACUCAGGGGGAAGGAAAAUAGACUAUUGUUUGGUCAAAUGAGAUGGAUGUUGAGCUCUUGAAUCUCCUACUUUCUGAAGAACGUAAAGGUAAUAGACAAGAUGGUCAGUUCACUGCCCAUGUUUUGAAUAAUGUAGUUGAGGCUUUGAGAGGAAAAUUUGGUCUUCCAUCGAUAAGACCAAUGUGAACAAUAGGCAGCAAACCAUGAAAUAGUACAUGUCAGAUGUGAAAGAAAUUUUUGACAAUAUGAGUGGCUUUGCUUAUAACCCUAUGACCAAGAUGUUUGAGACUGAGUCUAAAGUAUGGCAUCCUUUGUGCCAGGUUAGUAAAUGUGUGUUGUCGUAAUUUUUAUUUAAUGUAUAUGAACGAUGAAGAACAUGAACAACUACAUAGGCCUAAUUCAUGUGGGCAAAUAUGAGAACAUAGAAUUACUCUUUAUAACCUUUUUGAAUCUCAGCCGCCAUAGACUUGUUAAGCAGCCAUAUUUUACCAUAUAUGCAGGAGAAACAAAGUGCAAGCAAAUACUGUUGCUUGCAUGUCAACAACUAUGACAAGCUUGUUGAUUAGUAUAGUGAGCAGAGAGCAAGAGGUGAUAGGGUUGUGAGUGCUUUCGAAAGGGUUUGAAUGUGGAAUGAAUCUCCACAAUUCGAUAUUGAUUUGGAUGAUGUAACUUAUGCUGAUGAUACUCCUACUUUCUCACAGCGUCAAGGUAGUGCCUAUAGUGUUGAAGAUUUGAAUACUUUCUCUUGUGAGUUGUCACCUUCCACCAACUCACAUGCAACUUCUUCAUCACGCGGGCUUAAAAAGAAGACUCUAAUGAACACCUUAGCUAGACAUCAAUUCGAAGAUGUGAGUGCUUCUAUUAAGAGCGUGGUCGAUAUGUUGGGUACAGGUAACAAGAUUGCUGAAAUAUCCACUAAGGAGCUUAUUGGUGCUAUCCAGAUAGGUAAUUCAAUUCAAGAACAUCAACGAGAACGUAUUUAUGAUCCAAAUGAAAUUUAUGCAGAACAGAAAAGGUUGGACUUGCCCGACACCUUGCUCGAUUGCCAGAAGGGACACGCUUGCGGAUUGUGAUGAGCUUGUCUAACAAAGCACCUUUCUGAAUGAAUGAUGAGUAGAGUGUUUGUUAGUUAUUUUGUUGUUAUAUGUCUAAAAUCCAUGUAUUAUUAUGCUUGUAAUUUUGAAUGUCAUGGUCUUGCUGAUGAACCAUGAGCCAUGACCAUUAUAUAUUGAGAUGGUCGUUGGUUACUAUUAGAACGCAAGCUGUGGCUUUUAUGGAUGUUUUGUAUGUAAAAGUUGUGAACUUUAUCUUUAUAUUAGGAUGUAGUGGGUUGGAAAGUGAUUUGACCUUUAUAUAAAAAUAGCUUAUAUUAUGUAAGAAAUCACCUAAUUAGUAAUUAUUUUUAAUAUAAAUUAUAAUUAUUCAUAAGGGAUUAGAUAUGGGUUGUCAUUGCAUUCAUUCUUUCGGUUCCUUCCAAUAUUGCACUCUACUGUGUUCCGUAUAUAACUUUGUUCAACUAUAAACUUUUCCAAUUGUGUAAUUAAUAAAUGAUUAAUGAUUAUUUUCCUUCCUAUCAUUUUUUUAUUUUUCAUUUGUUAGUAUAAUUAGAUAUGGGUUGUCAAUGCAUUCAUUUUUUCUACUGUCUUUAUUGCCUUCAUUUUGGAAGGUUAAUGGGUAUCGAAUUUUGGUGUCCUGUUUAGAUGGAUAAUGAAUCGCAUGCCUUGAAUGGAGAUGAUGUCCCUGUUUUUUUACAAUGAGGGUAACAUUGAUGACACAGAAGAUCUCACAUCUUCAAAUAGAAUACUAAUAGUCCAAACUUGGCAAACUAUAAUGGAUAAUUGGCAACGACCAAGAAAGACUUGUGUGACUACACUAGUAUGUUACAUUGUUCAUGCACUAUAUUGUUGUAUUUUCUUCAAACUGCUUUUGACAGACCACUAAGUCAGCAUGAAAAUUACCGAGCAAGGAAACGUCAAAAGCUAAUUGAACGCCCUACAAGAUAUAUUUUGCCGUUUGACCUUGAGAAUGGGGUCCAUGCAUUUGCUAGAUUAUGUGAGAUGUUUAGGAAUACUGGGUUGUUGGUCAUCUACAAAUACAUCACUGUAGAGGAGCAAGUAGCGAAGUUUUUGCAAAUUCUUGGAGGCACUAGUGGCAACUACACUACCCUAUGUCUUCAUUACUAUCGGAGAAAUGAAAUAGUUCAUCGUCAUUUUCACAAUUUAUUGCGAGCCGUCUUGAGCCUAGCCCCUUGUCUCAUACAACAAUCGAAAGCCACCACUCAUGUGGGAUCUAAAAUUCAUGAUAAUCCUAGAUUUUAUCCCUGUUUUCAGGUAAAAAGCAUACAUACCCUUUUGAUUCUAUGUAUCAACUUAUUAAGAAUAAAAAUAUUAUAAUGAUAAUGUUAUACUUAUAUUACAAUCAUACAUGAUUGUCUUUGUGCUGUUAAUGGAUCUCAUUUUCGUGUUAAAGUUCAUCGUGAUGACAACCACGAUUUCAUGGUCGGAAGGAGUGGCCUACACAGAAUGUUUGAGCUUGUUGUAACUUUGACUUGCAAUUCACAUGUGUUAGCGGACAGGGAGGGAACUGCAUCUGAUUCAAGAAUCAUAAAAUAUGCAUUUGUUAGGCUUGUUAGACUUGUCAUAUCAGAAUGUAUGUGAUCAUCACACUUUUAGUGUAUUGGGUAAUUUAUUGGAAAUUUGUUUCUCAAUAAAUCUGAUUUUGUGAU